GCAAGGGCCAUUCUUCUCUCAGCUCGCUAGUAGGACGUAUAAAUACAUAGCAAGGACCUCAAUGUUGCACAUUUUAUGGAAAGUUCGAGUCAGAGAACAAGAGUGUGAAGUGAUGAUGUAUAUCCUGCAGAUUGUUGUUUUGGCUGGAGCCAUCAUUUCGAGAAUGGUUCUUGCGAGGCCGGGAUAUGUUCCAUCUCAUGCAAUUGAUUAUUACUCGUCCCCGCGUUACGCUUUUAACUACGGCGUGAACGACCAGCACACUGGCGACGUCAAGCAUCAGUCUGAGCAACGAGAAGGAGACGUAGUGAAGGGGCAGUACAGCCUGGUGGAGCCAGAUGGCAGCAUCCGUACAGUGGACUACACGGCGGAUCCAGUGAAUGGCUUCAACGCAGUGGUCAGCAAGAGCGGGCCUGGAGUACAUGUCGCCCCCGUGGUCAAACCCAUCGCAGUGCCAGUGGUCAAACCCGUAGUGGCGCAGAUAGCUGUUGCUCCCUCCACACAUAUAGGAUAUGCCCCUGCACCUGUCGUAGCUCCAGUUGCCGUGACGAAGCAGCACUACACUCAAUACCAGACCUACCCGACACACACCACGGCACACCUCGUUUCUGACUACGAUACGUAUGACACAGGUUACCUGGACGCCGUGGCUGGAGGCCAUGAUGGACAUUAUCAUAAUUAUGGAUAUUACUGAUUCGCUCAUAAACAUGUUCCAAUGAUAUAAGUUCUUAUUGCAUUGUAAAUACAGGAAGUCAGUCACCCCUAAUACUGCAACUUGAUGUCUGUGGUUCGGCAUGUCUAAGAAUUGUCCACAUUUACAAGAGAGAUUUGUAAUAUGAAACAAAAAGCUGAAGGACUUCGUAAAACACGAUUUGGGGCGAUCAUUACACCAAAGAAAUAGAAAUGAAGUUAUUUAUUCUAGCAUUAAAUCCACGAAUUGUCCUUAAGAGCAUGGGUAAUUAAUUUACAAUUGCAAAAGAUCUUUGCGGAAAUUGAGUAUAAAAUUUUAUAUAUUUCUUCUAAACUCCCUUAUGAAAGAAAACAUU